CCGCACACACACCUUAGCGCAUACGUCCACCUUCUCUCCCCUUCCUCCGCCGCUCAAUGUCAACAUCAGCAUCGCCCCCUUCAAUUCAUCCAACACCCCAUCUCUCCCUCCAGCCUUCCCUCGAACUCCUCAGGAGAGACGACGUCACCGACGAGCUCAGCGGGGCGUUCCAGCACGGCCUCGGCCUCUCCUCUCGCCUAGCGAGCAGCAUACACUCUCCCCUAGAGGGAGAGGUGCUCUCAGGCCAUGGCGUCGUCAAUGGUCAGGAUAAGAACGCUGUCAACACAUACUUUGAUCAAAUGCGAAUUAAGCUCGAAGAAGCGCGUCUCGCGAUGCUGCAGGGUGACGCCCACCAAGCGCAGAGUAUGACCAAAGAGCUCCAGCAAGCAGUUAGCGCCCUCCCCUCACCGACUGUCUUGCCCCCCGUAGAUGGCCCUAGCGUCCGCUCUUCAAGAUCAGGCAGCGUAUCCUCCUACCGGAAACACCAUAGUGCUUCCAACUCGAUAGAUUCGUCUACAUCCUCACCGCCGCUCUCAUAUCCAUAUCCCUCCUUCUCAGCUCCAUCAGUUGACGGGUCCGCGAGGAGUCUCAAGCGCUCAGCAAGCUUUUCAGAUUGGGACGAGGACGAAGUGGACUUGGAUAGCGGAAGACUGACGAAGAGCAUGAGGAUGAGCGACUGGUAUGAUGAGGACGAUGAGGAUGAAGCUUUUGUUGGAGCAGGACUUCAGAGCCCCCAACAGGGAUUGAUGAACCUCGUCCAGCCACAACAACAACCAGCACAACAACCACCCCAACAGAACCCCCAAAUGCCGCAACUCGUGCACGCUCAUUCUUUCCCCUCGAUGCACGAUCUUCCCUCGCAAACAACCUCAACCAUCCACUCGCAACCUCUCGCAUCUCCUAUCCCUCCUCGCGUACCGACAAUCUCAAACGCGACAAUCGUCCCCAGCAGCUUCGUAGCCGAGUCCAAGCCAGGUAACCACUCGCUCACGGGCCGCCUCUCCCUCGCACGCCUAAGACAUCUCGAGAUCGACACUUCCGGCAGUGGGGCCAUGGGUGCCUCUGUAGGAGUUCUCGGCGUAGGUUCCGUCCCCGCCUCACCAGUGGACUACGUCCCGCACCCCAUGCCCUCCUUCUACCCUAUCCAGACAUGGGUCGACUCACUAGGUCAGGGCUACCUCCCCCCGUCCUUCGACACUACCACGCCAGCAGAACAUUUCCCCAGCUUGGAGGAGUUCGUACCGGAAUUUCCACUGGUCGAUGGAGUGGGGGAUAUGCAAACAGGGUACUUUGACAUCGCUCCUAUGAAUGGCGAGUUUUUCCAGAGUCCGGUCGAGUGGCCCCCGAUCCAGAUUCAGGGCAUACCGCUCCCACAGCCUAUGAGUGUAGGAACAGGGCUAGAGAUGCCUCAGCAGAUGGAGGUGGCGAACCAUGCGCAUACAGCUGGGAACACGAAUGGACAUCUUAAUGGAAACGUCAACGGACAUGCUAAUGGGCAUGCAAAUAGGCUCAACUCGAUCUCCCCCGAAAGAACGGGAGAGGAACGCGUGCCCGAGCUUGCGAAUCUGGGAUCGACCCCUGUGGGCGUACAGCUCGUGCAGCCUGUUUUGCAGGCGAACCAGACCCAGCAGCCCCAGCAAGUGCAACAUCAACAGCCAUCGCCCCCUCAGCAAUUAGGGCAUCAGCAGCCAUCCCCUCCUCAGCAAUUAAGGCAUCAGCAGCCAUCACCUCCCCAGUUGCUUCAGGGCCAAACGACCCUCCCCACCCAACCUCAACCACAACCCCAAAUGCAAGUCCAAGCACAACUUCAACCUGCCCAAACACAAGCACAAAGCCAGCCAGCACCAGUGCAAGACAAUCGUUCCCUCCCCUCCCUCUCCCGCUCUGCGUCCCGUAUCUCGGGCGUGCAGAAACAUCCACGGAGGCAGGCGAGCUUGUCUGUUGUUCCCCGCGUCUCUGGUGUUGGGACGGAGAAAGUCGUCUCCCCCGGUAGGAGGAGUGGAUUUUCGAGUCCUACCGGUCCUACGGGGAUGACGGGGAUGACUGGGUUGGGUGGGGGUGGUGGAGUAGGCUCAGGAGGGGAGAUUGCACUCCCCGCUCCACCUCUCGCCGGGAUCCUCCAGCAACAGCAGGGCCUCCAAGCGCUCCAAAUGCAGCAGAUGCAGCAGUCCUUCAACUUCUCACUUCUGGACGCCUCUUCCUCCUCCGACUACUCUCCUGCCAAGAUCAAGAGCGAAGUUCCCUCUCGCCCUCUGUCUCGCCAGCCUAGUCAUCCUUCUCUCCCCAGCCAGCCGAGCUUGACAAGCCUCGCUCAGGUCGCAGCUGGGGGCAUGGACCUCUCCGACUUGGGCAGGCGACUCAAGCGGUCCGGCAGGGGGAGGAUGAGCCCUGUCAGUUCCGAGGGUGGGGAAGAGGACGCCGACGCGGAGGACGAAGAGGAAGAAGUGGAGGUCUACGUUGGUGGCGGGUCUAGGCGCCCUAGUGCGGGUGAGAAUGGCAAGCUUAGCAGGAACAGCAGCAAACGGCGCACUUUUGGAGAACCCCACGUCAUCUCACACGCUAAUACUGUCCCCUCCGAGCUGAAACAAGAUGUCGACCGCGUGUUCUUCGAGUUCCUCAGCCGGCUUUGCUCGAACCUUGACAUGACGGACAGUAAGGGCGAGCUGAUCCACCAGGCGCUUAUGCCGAAGAAGAUGCAGAAGCUGGACGAAAGCCCCGAUUUUAGGCCGUUCAAGUUCCGCAUUCAGGCGUUCACGAAUGCCCUUGUGGAAGAACUGAAUCGGCAAGGGUUUACCGAAGCCGUGCUGCCGUUGAAGAAAGUCCGGACGUACCUCUGGAGCCAGCCGUACAUCUCGCGAUAUAACGAAGACGGCAGGAAAAGCAAGUCUAAGGGAAACCAUAUCUGGAAUAUCCACGCCAAGAAGAUGCCCGAUGGGCUCGGCUGGGCUUUCAGAGAGUACAAGCGCCGGAUCACUGGUACUCCUGCUGGUGUCGCUUACAUCGGCUUGGAGUGGCGUUGGAGUCCGAGUAUUUGGGAUCCCCAGCAGUCGAGGAGCUCGAUGCAUCCUGUUUUCUCGUCCCCGGCUCUGCCACCCUGGCUCCAGUGGAAGGAUAAUGAGCUUGUGGGUACGCCCUGUCCUGGCGAUAUGGGAGGGGAGAUCAUGGCCGAAGCGGUGUUCCCGAACGAUAACGAGCUCAAGGUCACGCAUACAUUCAAGUUGGAGGUCGUGGAGCUCCCUCCCGGCGAACCGUUAUCCCUUCAGAAGACACGUCGGCCUUCGGCAGGCACGGUGAGCAGCGCUGCUCCACCUGUCGCGGGGCGUAAUAGGAGCCAUACGAUGUCUACCGCGUUCACGUCCGAGUCGGACGUGCCGCCUGUGCCUAGGCUUCCGCUCGCGUUCACACAGGCUCAGCAGCAGGAAAAUAACCAGAUACGCCACGUGCUCGAGAUGGCCGCCGCGUACAUCGCUCAGGAGGCGACUCAGCCUGUGCCUGCUGGAAUGCUUGACGUACGUCAACGACAGGCCAGUCUGGCCAAGCAGCAAGAAGUCCUUUCACGCGCUGUGCAGGCAUUUAACUAUGUCGCUUUUUCGCUCGAGCCCUUGCCUGUGGACUUUGCAGAGCUCGUCGCUGCUGCUAAGCGCGUGGUUAAAGAUGCUGGACGACAGGUCGCUGAGCGCCAGGCGAAGACGGCAGAACAACCGACGUCCGUCAGCACCGUACCGAUCAACGACGUAAUCCUCGCCACGCGUGCGCUCAUCGCCCAAGCUGUAUCUGCCGUCGGACUGCAAGCCUCGGAAAUAGACAUCAUGCGCGCCGCCACUGCGCUCAUACAACAAAACGGGCCUGGACAGGUGCAGGCACAGCCCAUGCCCAUGCCUCAACCAGCCAUGCCUCAGGGUCAACUGCCGCAUCAGGCAAUACCUCCGCAGAUGAUGCCCCCGGUCAUCCCCCACCAGCAACAGCAACAGCAACAGCAAGUGCCCAUCCCACAGCAGGUCAUGCCGCCUCCCGCUCCUCCGCCCGUCGUGAUGCCUAUGACAAUCGAUCCUGUCCAGCUCACGGGCGGUAUCCCCCCGAAUGGAGUCCCGGCCGGAUUCCAAAACCUCGCCUCGAUCCACCCGGCCCCGGAAAUGUUGACAUCCCCCAGGGACUUGAGCGCGUUCGUGUUCCUGCAACCCGGAGCUCCGUUCGACGCUCAAUCGGCAGGGAUGGGUCAACUCCCUCGGCAGCCGCUGACGCACGUGCAUCCCCACGCUUCCUCCAACCCGCAGUAGUUCUCGUUCUAAUCGGCUUCCUAAAUCUGGGCACAAGAGUCGUUUCUCAUUAUUAUUCGGUGAUUAUCUCGGAAAAACCGAGCUUUCUAUUCCUGUCUUACUAUUCUAGAUCAACUUCAUGCUGUUGUCACUCGUUUAACACACACAACCUGUCUUUUUAGCCCCCAUCUCCAUAUUACUCCAUCCGGUGUUUUAUUACGGUCGAGGUUGUGCUUUAUCCUCCCGAUAUGCACAGCCGCUUCUACUUUAACUUUCCCUUUUCGUAGUGUAGCGUUCCUUGGAUUAUAGAUCGGU